UUUCAAUUUUUCAUAGUAUCAGGAAUGACUUCUCAAGCUGCUCCAACAGCUGAUAUUCAAGAAGAGAGCCAACAAACCACGGUUGUAGGUGAGCCAGUUGAUGAGUUCGUACAUCUUCAGACGACACGUGGCAAGGAGACAUAUCAACAAGAUUUGGAUGACAUGAAUUUGGAUGAUGAAAAAAUUGAACGAUUUAUCCGAAAUGGAGAGAAAAAUCGUUUCACAAACGUGACAUGCUUCGACGAAAUAUUGGACCGUGAGAAUCAAGAAUUCUUUGUUCAUGCGAAUACUUUCCGUACUCCAUAUGGAAACUUUCUCAUUAGUCAAGCACCAAAUGACUCGACAAAUGCUGAUCAUCUUCAUUUGAUGUGGAUCUAUAAUGUCCAAACUGUUGUUUGUCUGGUUUUGCCAGAAGAGGCUGGAGGUUAUUUUGUGCCAAAAGAAGGAGAAACUUUCACGAGCUUUCAAAAGUAUCAGAUAAAAACGAUCGGAAUUUUUGAUGAAAAACAAGGCGUCACUGUUUAUCAAUGUGAAUUGAAAUCGUAUAAAGCUCCGAAGAAACUCAAUCGUCGAAUGGUUUAUAUCAUUUGCUGCGAUACAUCUGUUGGAUCUAUUCGUUCUCCUCGUCAACAAACUGUUAUCAUGGAAUACAUGUGGGCUUUUGAAGAGACAAAUGCAAUUGAAAAUGAAGUAGCAUUAGCAGAUGCAACAACAACUGUUUUAGUUCAUGGAAUUGCUGGAACUCGUCGAUGUGCUUCAUUUGUUGUUGCAGCAGUUAUGUGCAAACAGUUGCUUGAAACUGGACAAUUCUCGGCAAUGGAAACAUGGUUUGAAAUGAGAAAGAGAAGAGCUCAUACGUGCACUCGUAAACAUGAUUUCUUUUCGUCAGUCUACACUUUUUUUGCAUUUUGUGUUCAAUCUAGUGCCGUCAGCGAGACUAAUGAGAAUUAUGCCAAGACUAUGGAGAUUGUGAAGGAUCUCCUUGUCAAGAAGAAUAAAGAAGAGAAAAAUGACUAGAAAUUUGAACUUGAUUUUUUUUAGCAAUUCGUAGAACUGCUCAAACCAAAUAAAUAGUCUUUGUCAGA